AGAGUAUAAAAGGGAGACUCGUUGCUGGAAAUACUUGUUAUUUCAACUAUUCACAAAAUCCCUGGUAACAUCCUCUGGUAACAGCAAAGGUCCUGCUUGGAGGUUUCCAAUUCAUCCACAAGAAUUCCGUUUGGUAGCAAAGGAGUGAACUCCCCAACCCUUCCUUCUGCAAUUAACCCGAGACUGGCUGCAUGAUGGCUGCAUCCGAGAGUGAGGGGGGUUCUCAAAAAUUACGGUUUGCCUGGUGGCUGAUUAAGCAGAUCAACAGCAAAGACUACGAGGGGCUCUGCUGGGUAGACAAGGACCACACUCAGUUUCGCAUCCCCUGGAAACACAUUUCCAGGAAGGAUAUCAACCCUAACGACUACAAGAUUUUCAAGGCCUGGGCCAUAACCAGCGGAAAGUACAACGAAAAGCUGAAAGAUCUAGCCAAGUGGAAAACCAACUUCCGCUGUGCCCUGAGAAGCACAAAUAUGUUCCUGAAGGUGCAGGAUAACUCAAAGACCUCCGAGGACCCUCACAAAGUGUAUAAAAUCAUCAGCUCAAGCCCUGAUGCUGUGACAGCUGCUAAUGCCCUGACUACUAAAAACAAUAACCUGCUUGACAGUAAAGAAGACAUCCGCCCCCAUUCUGAAGAAGCCCCUAAUCUGCACCACCGUAUGCCACAGCAACUGCAGCCACAGAUAGAAUUAGAUUUGGAGAUGCUGUCACUGGAAAACCCUCCCCAAGAGAUGGAUAGCGGGCAGAACGAAAGGCCAGCCUAUGACCUUGGCAGGAAUCCGCCCCAGGGCUACACCACCAAUCAUUCGGCGCCAAACGGCUACCAGUGCAGCCCCGACACACUCCACUGGAUUCUGCAACAGUGCAACUUAACCCAGAAUGACUGCAGCCCGCAGCAGCUGCCGUGGGCUCUGGAUGGAGGUUUAGAUCACCGUUCAGAAGAAGUGCCAUAUGAAGACAGCCCAGGCUAUCUAAACCAACAUAUUGGCCAAAAUAGCUACCCACAGCAGGGGAGCGGAGUGGCAAAUGGACCGGUAGAGAACUAUCACCAAUCAGUUGGCCAGUGGGUGACUCAAACUACGGCAGAGACCCAAACCAUGCAAAAUGCUUAUGGCCCUUCUGCUGCCUCACUUCUACAGCAGCCCCUCCCAUCCAGCCCAGUUCCUGACAUGAGUCAGCGUCUUAAUAAUGCAGCUGAAGUCCUGUUUGAGGGGAGACCUUACUACAAUAACCACGCGGGCGUUCAAAGCACUUUCCUGAGUGAAGCGCCUGCAGGAAACGCAGUGAUCUAUCCAACGCUGAAUGGCCCGGGAGAGAACAGUUAUCACCAGCCGGCGAAUCAGUGGGCAGCCCCAGCAGUGCUGGAGCAGAACGGGUUCACCCAGCCUGCUGCCCCUCUCCCAGAGCAGCAUCCUCCUCCCAACACUGCACCAUCGCGGAACAAUACAGAAACCGUGCCUCCCAAUAUGGACAUCACCAUCUAUUACCGAGGGAAGUCACUCCAUGAGGUGCAGGUGGCCACCAGCAGCUGCCUGUUCACGUACAAUAACGAAGACCCCACCAUUGUCCCAGGCUGCACGCAGGUGGUCCAAUUCCCAAGCCCAGAUGAGCUGCCUGACCAGAAGCAGGUCCAGUUCACCAGGCAGCUGCUCCCGAACAUAGGGCUGCUGCUGGAGCUGAAGCACAAGAAGAUCUAUGCCAAGCGCCUGAAUAAAUGCAAGGUCUUCUGGGCCCUCUCCAGGCAACUGGUGAACAUGGCUCAGAACCCUGAGCCCAAGCUGCUGCCACGUGGCACAGAGAUGGAGAUCUUUGACUUUGAGGUGUUCUCAAAGGAGCUGAAGGAUUUUAAGGAACAAAGGGCUGCAUCUCCCGACUUCACCAUCUACCUUUGCUUUGGGCAGUGCUUCUCCAAAACCAAGCCCAAGGAGUCCAUGUUAAUCCUGGUGAAGCUGGUGCCUAAGUUCUGUGAGUAUUUCCAUGACAUGGUGCUGCGGGAGGGAGCCUCGUCCCUGAACAGCGGGAACGUGAGCCUCCAGCUGUCCAGCUACUUCAACAGCUUGUAUGACCUCAUUGAGCAGUUCAACAUGGAGAUUGACUGAACCUCCUCCCAUCCCUAGGACCCAAGCUGCAUGUGCAUUGGCCAGUCCUUGCCUAGGUCUCUGGCUAGCACUUCUGAAAACACUUCUGCCUUUCCCUCGCCCACUUGCAUCAGUUUGCUCCCAUCAGAAAACAUGUGGGUGAGAUGAUGAGCGGCCUUGUGGCUUAGCCACAUCACUGGGACUCAGUAAAGCUGGGGUCAAUCCCUGCUGUGCCAUUGGCCUCCUUAGUGACCAUGGGCAAGUCUCUGCAUCUGGGCCUCACUUUCCCCAUCUGUAAAAUGGGAAUAAUUCCUUACCUCACAAAGUUGUUAUGAGGAGAAAUCCAUGUGAGGUGCUCAGAUAUUACGGCAAGAGACAGAUCAGCCUUCCCCACUCUGGGCCACCAAUUGAAAAUAGAGAUUUUUUUUCCCCCAGCUGAAACAAACAGGGUACCCAGACACUGUGCUCUGAAGGUAGAAGCUAGAGAAUCUUCCUCUCUGUUUCAGGAUGUCAGCAAGAAAGUCAGGGCAUUGCGGGGGGGUGGGGGAGGGCAUACUCAUCUACAGCACUGUCAUGUAAUGAUCUUGUGCCUCCGUCUGGGCUGAGCUGGCUGGAUUUUAAGCUGAGUGAGGUUGGGUUUUUGUUUUUGUUUAAAGAAAUGGGGAUGUUAACAGGGGGAAAAAAUCCUCAACAUCACCUGUUGCUGAAGUGAACGAAGCAGGAGCCCUCAGGGUGGAUUGUACAAUAGCCCUGGCCAGCUCCCCUGGGGUCACAGAGUUGGUACAAGGUGAGCUAAUCUGUCUGACAGAGGCUGAGGCCCAGCUCCUAAUGUCCAUUGAUUUGAAUGGAAGUUAGGAGCCUAAAUACCUGAGGAUCUGGGCUUUAAUCAGUUGAUCGACCAUUAUGGAAAAAUCUCCAGCCAGGGCUAGGAACAGGGGAGAGGCCCCUAUAGAAGACAGAUUCCACGUUCUCCCCAGGCUAUGUCCCUUUCAAACACUCCCCUGUCAGAGGUCUGUGACAUGGCAGGACCCACGGUCACGUCGAUCUGCAAGUGACUGCAGCUGUGUGCAAGUAGCGUACAGAAGGCUGAAGUAAGCAAGCUCUAGGAGGGCUGCUUUAAGCAGCUGGCCCAUGCCUCAUGCCCACCCCUUACCACAAUGAGAUGACAGGGGAAAGAAGGAGAAUGAGUAACACCCUGAACAGUGUAGCGGAGGGUGGGCCCGGAAGCUAUGACAGAGGCUGGUCCUGGUCCCAGUGGAAUUUUGCCAUUGACUUUCCUGGGAGCAGGAUCAGUCCUAUUCCAAAGUAGCUUGCGCACCCAACGUGCCUGGCUAAAAAGUUAAAGUUUAUAGCUCAACCCUGUAUUCUAACCUCUCCACACACUCUGCCUGAGGUCAGCCUGCAGGCCCAGCUGCACUCAGGCCCUGCACAUGUUGUAUGAGCCCCUGCGCCCUACAACUCCUUGAGCAGGGAGCUGCAUCUGCCUGAACCAAGUCACACCGACAACACUCCACGUCAUUCUUUGCCAGCUUCUGCCCCAUAAAGCACAUUCCCACAAGAGAAACGCGCUCCAUGUUCAUGUAGGAUAGUCCACCAUACUGCCUCCCUACCCCUUUUUCUGUCCUGCUUCCCUUGGACAUCACAACACGCAUGUGCUGGCUUGUUGUCAUCUGAUGAGCACACAACAUAUAUAGGCACAGAUCCAUAAAGCUGGCACUUUCCUAACCAUACAUGCUCAGGGAAACCAGUUGUUUUAAUGGGCAUAGGCCAGCAGUUCUUAAACUAUGGUUCACUGGCUGGCUACACCAUCCUCCUUAUUUCCUGCUCUCUCUCAUCUUUCUUGUUAUUUAUUUAUUUAGUACAGUUUCGGAAUGCUUGUCCAGGACACCCAGAGUUUAGGCUGGGUGCUUUUUCAUUUUUUUAACUGCAGCGUAGCCAAAAUCUCAAUUCAUUAAUUGCCUUUCAAACAGCUGCACAGGCACUAAGUACUGCCGGUGCCUUGCCCAUGUUAACAAUUGCGCUAGUUGCCACCAUGAUGUUGUGCAAUCGGAGCAACAAAGCUUGUGCAGCGGGAUGGGUCAUAAGACAUUAGGUCAGGACCGACACUGGGUCAGUAUGGGAAGGCCUACUGCUGUAGGCUACCGUUACGCAAGCAGUUUGGACUCUGACAGGAGACCUGAAUGAAACUGCCAUCACACACUGGGCAUUAUUUUUUCCUCCAAAAGGAACUACAGAUGUUAGCUUUAGGACCCUGCCAUGUCCUAGCUUUGCUGUGCUAUUGCUAAGACACCUGAGUAUCACCAUGGUAUCUGAGCACUGAAUUUCUGUGGAAAGCAGCAAGAGGAAGAUGACGAGUGUCUCUUCCUCUUUUUGCCUCCCCACAAUUCUGAGCUGUAUAUAUUUGUUGUGUUAACGUGGUUCUGGGUAGUUUCAAUUUUAUGUAAUUUUAAAUUUCUUGCAUCCCCUGAGUUUAGUAACUGAGGGUGAGUGAGGCAGUAAAUGAGUCAUCACAAUGUGUGCGUGUGUUACACAAACACACACAGAGGUUGGCAUCCACAUCAGCAGCUCUGAUUGCUUUCUCCUUUUCCUUUAAAAGCUGCUUAUAUCUUUAUACGUCAUCCUGACUGAGCUGUGAGUCUCAAAAAUGCAAGUGUCUCAAGGACUGACAGCUAAAAGUUUGAUAUAAAUAGAAAAAUUAAUAGACUCCAAGAAGUCUCAUCCUCUGCCCUUCCUUUGACCAGCCAAGGGCAUUAAGAAAAAGGGUUGAGGGGGGGUUAGAAAUCAGGGAAGCAGGUCUUCCCAAACCUAUGCACUGAUGGAGCCCAACAUACCUUACAAAGGGCAAGUGAAAUCCUGGCCCUGCUGAAUUCAAUGGGUGUCCUGCCAUUGACAUUACAGGGGCCCGGAUUUCACCUGCUGUGUCUGGCAGAAUGUUAAGCACUAAUAUUAAAGUAUAAUUUAUAGAACACAUGCCCCACUGUGGUACUUUCCCUAGGUUUUCUUUACUGCUUAGGUUGCAUAAGUAAGUUGUGCAUGUUUGGUUUUUAGCUUCCGUUUAUUAGCAUAGGGGCUCUGUGUUUCAGCCACUUAGGACUUUGGCCUAAGUUUUCAAAAGUGAUUUUGGGGGACAUUUUUUAAAAGGGCCUGAUUGUCAGAACGUGCAGAGCACCUGCUCUCUCAAAGGCUGUCAAGCCAGCACCCACAAACUGAACCCCUCUGCAAAUCACUCGUAAACGUAGGUGAUUGUGGGUAUGUGCACAACCGCCUGCUCCUGGAUGGAAUGUCACCUGUUUGACAGGUUCCCAUCAGGGGCUAAUCUGGAGGACCAGCACCUGAGCAGCUAGAGAGGCCUUUGGCUUUGCAGCUGUACUGCAACUUCCAAAGAGAAGCAAAUCCCUUUACAUGGGCUAGAGUUUAAUUCGGUUGGUGUGUCAGUCCAGCCCUCUCCCGGCCAGCCUGAGGCUAGAGAGGGGCUCUCCUCCUGACAUCUUAUACUGGAGUUCAUGUCUACACAAGGGGGUUGGUCUUUGCUGCGGUGGCCUCACAGAAGUAGUUCCAGCACUAGCAGAAAAGUUUUAGGGGUCUAAUCUGGCUCCACUUGAAUUCAGUGGCCAAAGUAAGUGUUUUCAGGGGGAGUUGAAUUAGCCUCAAGGGGCUGCUUGCCUAUAGCAUGAGGAGGAGAUGGACAAGGGCAAGAGAAGGGAUUAGGGGUGGAGGGAAGACAUGAAAGCAGCAGGUCAAGGUGAGCAGGGGUGAAAAGAGCCCCACACACAACUGGCCCCUUCUCCCUCUUAGAGCAGCAGCAGGUCUGGGGCCUCCCAGCGCUGGCUUCUAGCUCAGGUGUUGAAGACUUUAAGUAACAUUUGACUUUAUUAAUAUGCCUUUUUCUAAUGUCAUGUCUCAUGCAGCCCCAGGGUGUUUGCACUCCCUGUAGAGCAGGCAUUGCAUUAACUGGGAGAGCAUUGCACGCUCCGUGGUUAAUGAGACGGUAGCCUAACAGGGCGUAACUUGUCUAGCAAUGUUAGUGCAGUGUGUGGGUGGGAUGGAGGAGUCACAAGCCAGUCACUCGGAAGCAGGGUCAUGGAGUUUAUGGAAUGUCUCUAGAUGUUGCAAGGGAGUCAGAGUCUUGCUCACGUGAGCAUGUGUAGCUCCAACCAAGUCAAUGCAGCUCCAGAGCCGGCCCACUGAAUUUAAUUUAGGCAGAGAGUGAAACAUCUGGAGCUGGGGUUCUCAAACUGGGGAUCGUGACCCCUCAGGGAGUCACAAGAUUAUUUCGGGGGGUGGUUGCAAGCUGUCAGCCCUGCACAUGUCUCCAGCUGUCAACUCCCAGGUGUGCCAGGGCUCCGGCUGUCAGCCCAAGCCCUUCACAGCUGGGUGGCUGGAGAGCAGGGGCUGCUGGCCAGGCGCCCAGCUCUGAAAGCAGCACCGCCCCAGCAGCAGUGCAGAAGUAAGGGUGGCAUGGUAUGGGAGGGGUCAUCACUUUUUUUGGCAGGGGGGUCAUUACAGCCUGAAAUAUUUUCAAAGAGGGUCCCAGCAAAAAAAGUUUGAGAACCCCAGAUCUUAAGAAUGUGCUGGCAGGGAACUGAGCAAGAGACCUAUCCCCACCCCACCCCACCUAGAGUGCCGCUCCUGUCCAAGCACAGCUGUAUGUCGGUGUUAGUCUGUCCGCACAUGCCAUGCUGCACAGUCAUGUUUGUAGUCGUACGUUAUGGACAGCUAUCCCACUCUGCCUCAGCUGCUGGGGGAGAAGGGUAGAAGAUCGUGCUUUGGGGCAGGCUGACCUCCCACCCACACAGCAAGGAGGCAGGAGAACCAGCUGUCAGUGCACACCCGGUUAAGUGGUUAUCUGUUGUAAUGAGGAAGGACCAUUUAGAAUCUAGUUACAGCCUGAUUUUUCUCAUGAGCAUCAUUAUCAAAGCACGGUGUAUCCAACAUGAUUAUGUUGCCAACAGCGUGUGUGGACAUGAACUGGGUAGGGAGGCAGCAGCAGCAGUACAAGCUGUACGGUAGAAGGGCCUCUCGCUAUUGCCAUGACAUGCCAAGCUGAUUUGAGUUGGGUGCUACAGAUAAUUUUGCCUUUUUAGUAACAUGACUCUUGUGAUUCGAUUUAAAAAUUGCCUAACUCGCAUCACAGCUUCAGGGGGGAUUUACUGUGUUCUCUCACACCCCGGUUGUGUUCAUGGGAGUUCCACACAAAGCAACACAUUAAAGCCUUUCAUUUUCCUUCUCUCCAAAACUUGGGCAGCAGAAGGAAGUAGGAAAUAAAAGGACACUAAUGACCAGCUUCUUCAUACUGAGCCAGAAAAUCAAAUUUCAUGGCUCAGCAUCUGCACUGCACCUUUGGGAGGCAAUCAAUGGGGGGGUGUUAAUUAAAUAUGGAUUUUUUUAGUGUGCUUUUUGAUACUUGGUUAAUUACUGCUCCUUCCCAUACGAUGGAAUAAAUGGGCUGCUUCCCCAGAGGUUGUAAACUGGCAUCACUCCUGACACAAAUAAUGCUUUCAGCAAAUCCGAAGACCCGGAAGUUCUGGUACUUCGUUAACAGGCAUGAAGUGAAUAAUGUUUCUUAGUGAAGAAACAGGGCCUUGAUCCAAAGCUUAACAGGAGCCUUUCCAAAGGCUUUCAGGGGGCUUUGGAUCCAGCUGCUAACGUUGAAGGUAUCGUAAAAUCUGAAGGCUUCUUACCAUCUUGAUUUAAGAAAUGUUUCUUAGAACUGUAAUUGAGGUGAACUGUAAUUCUCUUCUAACACCAGGUCAGUUUUCAGAUUUUGGGCCCAUUUCUUGUGUGUAAUCUAGGUAGUGCAAACCUUUCAGCUACUGAUGUGAGCGAAGCUCUCUGUUCACGAUGCUCUUCUUGCCUGUGCUGAUGCAUAGAUAACAGUCCUUUUCCGCUCUUGUGUCUGUGUAAAUAAACUAACAUUCCACUGUC